GUACGCACUACGCACUUGUUUGAGGCCUGGGCGUAUGUAUUGUUUGUUUACAACUAUAUGUUAUAAUAAGGUGUUUGUAAACAUUAUAUUGCUCUAAUACAUUGCGUUACUCAAGAAGGAGGACAUUAUUUCACUUGCUGAAGUCUCAAAAACUUUUCUUAAAAUCGAACUGUCACGUAUAGUUCGAAAAUUCAUCGAUGGUUGGACUUGGGUUUUUACCAAUGAUGGAUCCCGAUAAACCAGGUAAGCUUUAUUCGAAAAAUUUCAUUGGUGGUUUCCGAUACACAUUUGUACCAAGUCCUGUGUUGAUGAUAACUGAAUGAGUUUAUUGAUUUUUGUAAGUAUUACUAAUUUAAAAAUAAUUUCCAUUCAUUUGUCACGUUUCGAGCGUAAUAAACUUACUUUUUUAAUAUGAUUGAUUAGAAGCUAAACAACACUUGUUUUUUAAUUUCACAUAUCAUCAAGUUCUAUUCAUACACUGGGUAUUUCAACUCUAAUUAUUUGGAACCAGGAUUUCCUCAUCACUAAAUACGAUGGUCGGGGUGCUAAUCUCUCAAGAAUGUUGUUAUGUCCUUCUUUCGUCUUUUUAAUCAAUCGCUAUCCAAGUCGUUACUUUAUUUUAAUAUUUUCCGUCUUGUUGAAUUUUUUUCAUGUUGAUAUAAAGUUUCAAAUUUGGUGUGAACAAAUUUGUAGCACUCCUAGCGAUGUUAACGGGUUUAAUUUUAGAUGACUUGACUAUAGAUAUUUGUAUGUUCAACUUCGUACUCUCACUACAGAAAUAUAGACAUGUAAAUCUUAGUACUUCUAAAGGUUGUAGUAUAUAGCAACAUAACAGUAUGGCUGUACUUUGACUAAAUUUGUUACUUGAACACUUCAUAUUCUCCAGUUUAAUGUGUAAAAGUUUUACCUACCCGAUUGUUGAUAUUCUUGCUUGAACAUAUAUCUAAGAGGCGGGUCUUGAAUAAAACAAAACGCACUUUGGAUUCUACUGCUAAACACAUCCCAUCUAUUCUAUAGGAACUUCUUAUUCCUGUUUUAUUCAUAUAGUUUGUUCCGUAGUGCUACUUAUGCUUUUCUUUUCAGAAUUCAAAGAUAAGCAAACUGCUGUUGAGGAUACAUAUCGACAAAUGCGAAAACUAUGUGAGAAUUACAAAUUGUUCGCGAAACCGGAUGACUUGGAUGAACUAUAUUCGACUAGCCUAAAUUUAAGUUAUAUCCAAGAUGAUUAUGAAACUAUAAAACAUGAACUAUCAGUCAUUAAAGCUAAUCGUCAAAUUGCUCGAGACGCACUUUUAGCUGCCGGAUUUCAAUGUCCCGAUGAUCCACCAACAUAGUUUCUCUUAAUCAUCUAUCUACACCGUGAGUACCAGAACUCAAACUUUGGCAUCACCAUAAAGUGUGUAAUUCUUUUUUGUUUUACUGAAAGUUGAUUUCUAGUUUACUCUAUUAUAUAUUUACAUUACUUCAACCUGAUCAUAGUUUUAUUUGUUAACUAAUUCAUUGUUAGGAAAAAUCGUAAUUUACAGUUUAUUUGGUUCUUUGAAUUAUUUAUUUAUCCCUCUUUUUUGUAGCGUUUAAUCUGUUUCAAUUUAAUAUUUCUAACACUCUAAAUAGUAUGAAUAUAUUCACUUGAAGUUGCCUAAAAUAGCUUUUCUCGCAUUCUCAUAGAAACACGUGUAUUUAUUGGCUUUUGUUCAUGAAUUACUAUUAUUAUUACUACCUCUUCAUAUGUGUUUCCAUGGUCAUAAAUUACUUCAAUGAGAAAUUGUUUUUUUUUUUGUGGUUCUUUGUGUUUACUGCUGUUCGAUAAUUUUUGGUGGAUCAUAUUUUUCAUCUGUUAUGGGAUAGCAGAAUAAUGGCCAGCAAGACUACUAGAAUAUGCAAAUAACUAAGUCGUAAACUAUAGGUAAUUCAGUAAGGUUAUGAGUUAAGACACAAAUUAAACUCAUUUUUGGGGAUAUCCUUAUUUUGGAAUAUAACAAAUAUAGUUGAUAAUUUUACCUGUAAUUAACUAGUAAGAGAAUAAAUGUAAAGUUGAAACUCCUAUCUUGUUUCAAGAUUUAUCAUAGAUAUUAGCUUUUAACUGAGCAUGAACUACUGCACACAUUCCUAUAAUAAUGAGAUGCAGUUUAGGUAACGGGUCCCAUCCUUGUAGAUUCUUUUUGACCUAGAUGAAAUGUAGUAUUUUAAAAGGAAAUUAUGACAUCAGCUCAUGUCUUAUGAUUUUUUUCUCAAGAAAUAAAAAUGUCAGUGGUUUUCUGUUAAAGGUAAUUAAUAUUUUUUUCAACAAUGUCGGAGAAUGUUAUAUUUUGUAUGACUUUCAGCCUCAUGUCUGAUAAAAAGCUUAGUAGAAUGUAAAAUAAAUACGAAAAAUCUAUAUGUUGAUAACUGAUGAUUUUAAUUCCAAUAUGUACAUGAUUUAUUUAAACUCUUAGCUAGCUGGCUUAAAACCAUCCAAGUGUAGCUCAGAAGAAACGGAUAUUGCUAAAAUCCAAAGUUAGUUACAGUUUCUAAUAAACCGAGUUUGUAGUUAAAAUCGUACGUGAGAUUAUAACAAUGUUUCAACGUAAUGUUUAGUCGAUCAACAUAGAGUUCUAAAAGUUUGCAUAGAAUACUUCAAUUCUACUAUAUAUAUUCAAGCGUCAUACUUCUGCUGCAAAUACCGUGGCGUGUUGUAUACGUGAAGUGUUAACGUUAUGAUCACAGCACUCUUCUCUUAAUCAAUGAGAUGUAUGUUCGAAUCCCGUUUCACUUUCAUCGGCUUAGAUUAUUAGGUAAUAUCACUAACGCGUAUGUUAACAGUUUGGUUCAAAGUCAGGUAAAUUACAGAAGCAUUAUUAAAAGUUGUUUUCACCUGGUAUAGUGCGAAAGAUAGAAAGCUGACAUGGCUCAGAAUCUAUCAUAAUGGCUUAGGUGUGUAUACUCUUUUUCUUCUCUUAAAUCGUGAGAUUAGAAUUGCUUUAUACCUUUAUUCAUGUGAAAUAGUUCCUUCUUCCUGUAUUAUAUCCUUAUGCACAAUCUUUCUUUUAUAUAUUGCUACCAUUAAAGUAACUACUAUGAAUUUGGUGUUCAUCUUGUGCUAAUGAGGUAUGGCAGCUUUGACCGAUGCAUAUAUGUGCUUGGUCCUACGUUGCAGCUGACUGUCUCACGCUUCGUUUCUCUUUAAAGACAUACACAUAAUCUCUGAUAGGCUAACUCUAUGAUUUUUAUGGUGUAUUCUGAGUACAGUGUUUUUUAACCCCUAUCAAAGCUCUAGUAAUUUUUAACGUCAGUCGUAGAAUGAUACUCUUGAUUCACCAUCAGAAACUUAAUCAUGGGCCCCUUUAGUCACGAAUUAAGAAUCAGGUUAAAAAAUAAACUUCAUCUAGCACUUUUUAUCCAUAAGGAUGUUUUGGAAUCAGAUGCCUCAUCAACUACUCAACGGUAUGUUAUGUCGUCUAUAUGAUUGUUGUGAUACUCGUUUCCAAUUUAAAAUGUAUAUCCCUAAAGCAUCUAUACUGUCAAUAAAGUGCAUAGAGCUUAAAAUCCUAUUUUAUUUAUUCUCUGCGAAAUAUAUAUUUUGAAAUAUUCAUAUCACCCGUUGAUUCUAUUGGGAAUCAUUAUUCAAAAUAGAAUUCUCACUAUUAAUUCUAUAUAAUCAUUAAUUUGAUUAAAAUUUUUCACUAAAAUCAUAACAGUAGAAAUUUCGUCUGAUAUUCGAAUUAGUGUGAUGACAGGACGUUUAAUAACAUUCAAAUGUCAUUUGAUGCUGAUUAAGUGAAUCAUACCGUUUUGGAUGUUUUGGCUAAUUCUGUUGGUUUUGGUCUAUUAUCUAGUUUCAUGACUUCAAGUGAGUUAAUAAAUUGAUUGACUUUCAUGAGGAUCUGUUAUUCGGCCAAGUCAUUAUUCUCUUUGAAUGUACUGAUAUUUUGUCUGUCAUUUUAACAUUCCAAAAUGAAAUUAUAGCAGUGGUACCAGAAGCAGAAACUGAAUAUAUACACGAAACAUAAUUAAACGAUGAUCACCGGACAUCAGUAAGCUGACUGAAGUGCAUUUAUUAUCAAGAUGAAGCGGUGAGUGACGUGAUAUCUUUAAUUAGUGAAAUAAAUCUAAAUGACCCUACCAAGAGGUCAAAAUCCUAAGAGAAACUUCUGAUACAAAGUCCUGCAGCAAAUACAUCUUAUUUUCGCUUUUGACUAAAUAAAUCUUAAGAUGGAGUAAAAUCUGUCUAAACUUUCAUAAAAUUAGUUGGUAUCAGUAUCCUAAUAAACAUGUAUUGUCACUGCAACUAUCCUUACUUGUACUUCUGUGGAGCGCAAACAUGUUACAUUGAUUAUUUCAGAAGUUAAAUGAAAAUUAAUUGUUUAACAAAUAAUCAGGCUUUUCGAUCAUGUUAUUUCCAUAAUCAUUAACUGAAUUACAAUAUUCAUGUUUACCCUAUUUUUGGAUCUAGGUCAACUUUAAUCUAAUCAAAUUUUUGAUUAACAGUUAUUAAACUCCAUUCCAUUAUUGAAAUAUUCUGAAAAUCAAGUUAUUUCCGCUACAAUGAUUAAGGUGGAAUUAGUAACAUAUUCCUAACAUUCUAUUAUUGAUGCGUACAUUAUUAAAUGUAAUUUCUUGUUGAAGAAUUUUUAUAGACUUAAUAAAACUUUAAUUGAUGUGCAAUACUUAUUAAAAAGUAUGACAUAAUACAAUGUAAGCUAAAUAAAUACAAGAAGCGUAAUGAAAAACUAUUUGUACAUCAAAUCAUGUCUAAAUCAUAUUAAUAAAAUGACGACAUUGCUUGCUAUCAACCAUCAGUCAAUGGAUUACUCCAAAUAGAAAACGUCAGACCACUUGUCAACAUUAUAAGAAGCUCUUAAUAUCAAUUUGAACAAACUGUUCAUGCUCCCAGUUAGUUUAAAUGACUAGUUGCAUUCUGAUAAUUUAUUAGAUACCAAUGAAGAUUGGUUUAGACUGAGCAAUCGCUUGUAAAUUCAUUUAGAAUGUAGGGGAUAUAUUUACAUAAUGGAAACAAAAUGAACUAAUAGGAAAAUAGUCUUUAACUUUAUUAAGAAUUGAGGCCACCUCAAUUAGAGGAUUUGAUAGACAAUAGAACUGUUAGUUUACAAAACAGAAAUAAAAUAUUGUAUCUGUGGGAAACUUCAUCUAGAUUUGAGCGAAAAGUUCCACAGCAGUUAGGCACUGAGUUAAUAUAAAAGGAAAUUAUGUUUGUAUCGUAAGCGGUUUUCUGGUAACUGGUUCAAAGUUCUACGAGUCAAGUCUUGGAUUCCCUACAUUGGUUGGCUAGAUAUCAAACUUAUAAAGCAAAAACGACUGAUAUCUGGUUGAUAAAGCAACUUGGUUCAUCUACGAACUGAGUUGGCUGUAUUCAUAAUCUGGGAAUUAAAACAUUUAGAACAAGCAGAUGUAAACUGUAUCUGUCUUUUGGAUUUAAUUGUUAUCUGAACUGAAUGCUCAUGGUGCGAAAUGUUACUUAUCUAUUAACUUGAUUUCUAAAACGAAGGACAACUGGUAUUUUAUGUACUAAUAUCACAGAGAUUUUCUCAUCAAUCUAGGAAUUGUUUUUGAUUUUGACUGUUGGCUCUAUAAGUAUUUCAUUAUCAUUGUUAACCAGUCAAUAUGUGACGAUUCUUAAAAGGAAUUAUAAUACAUGACCAAACAACACAUGCCACCUGAGCCCGUAGUGUUUCAAGACAUGCCACGUUCAACUAUGUACAAGCUAUGGUUAAUGUGUAGAUGAUUGAUUUAAUUAUACUGACCACCCACGCGUUUAUUUUGGGGUCAGUCUCUCUGCCUGUAAGUAUAUUGUAAUCUCUUAAAUAAUUUAGAAUACAGUUUCUUAUGUAAUCUUGUUUUCUUUAUAUGUCUAAUUUGUCUGAUCAAAUAUAUAAGAGCAUGAACAGUUACUGAACCGAACCAGAUUGAUGGGGAUGUGAAAUCCUCAUAUAUUAAAUUUAUUUUAAAAAAAACAAUUUUUAGAACUCAUAGACUGAUUUAAAGUUAGCUUGGUUGAUUGACUUCUGAUAUGUGGAUCAAUUUAUUCCGAAUGAAGUUCAUUGUUUUAUUUUCAAUACAUCUUCAUUGUAUUAGUUAACGAACUGUGAUUUGUAUUGUUAUAAUUAUUCCGUUCAUAAAUUAUAAUCAUUUCAGUCGAUUCAUAAUUGAUUAACUUUGCUUUCCUUUUUAGAAAUAUGUUUAUGAUUCUCUCCAAGUCGUGUUCUGACCGCUCGAGUUAAGUAAAGUCUUCAACCACACUAGACCAUAGAACAAGACAUAGUACAUAUUAUAACAGUACUUUAGUAAAGGGGACUAGAAUGUACCAGACGGCGCUUGCUACUUGCGGCAUAUAACGCCUUAGAAAGUUGGUUUCAUUAAUAGCAAUCCUGUUACUUCAAAUGUGAUCAAUAAGCUAAAAUUACUUAAAAACGGUCUAUUGGAUUUCGGAUGCCUCUUUGUUAUACCCUGAUGAGAAAUCUAGUCUAGUUUCCGUAGCAAUAACUUUUCUGUUAAUCAGUUUUAAUUGGCUAUAAUAUGUGGACAAAUACUUAUUGAUGUAAUUUUGUGGUUUCCGUGACUAUUUUUAUCGAUUUGAUCAAACAUUUCCCCCGGUGAUUUGAUGAGUAAUUUGUUGACAAUUUUCGUAAUUAUGCAUUUAGUGAUACUCAUAGC